AUGGGGUUCUGCAGCGUCAGGUGCUGGCUGAUCACGGGGGCCGUGAUGGGGGGAGUGCUCGCCAUUUUGGGGGGGAUACUGUUCCCCGUGGGAGAUUCCAUCAUCAGAGACACCGUCCACAAGGAGACCGUCCUGGAGAACGGAACGACGGCGUACGAGGCCUGGACCGUGACCAGCGUGGCCGUGUACCGGGAGCUCUGGCUGUUCGAGGUCACCAACCCCACCGAGGUGGUGCAGCUGGGAGCCAAGCCCACCGUGGUCGAGAGGGGACCCUACACAUACAAGAUCCGCUACCUGCCCAAAGAGAACAUCACGGCCAACAGCAACCACACCAUCUCCUUCGUCCUCCCUGCCGGGGCCAUAUUCCAGCGCGAUCGGUCCGUCGGAGACGAGGAAGACGCCAUCAGCUUCCUCAACCUGGCCGUGGUUGGUGCCUAUUCCAUGCUGCCCAAAUUGCUCCAUGGUCGCCUGAAUUUGGCCAUAAAGAAGCACAACGCCUCGCUCUUUCAGUCCAGGACGGUGAAAGAACUCCUCUGGGGCUACGACGACCCUCUCUUAUCCCCCCUUUUGAACCUAACAGUUGGCGUUUUCGUGCCAUACAACGACACCUAUGACGGCCCUUACAACGUGUUCACCGGGAAGGAUGACAUCAGCAAAGUGUCUAUGAUUGACAGGUGGAAAGGAGAAACGAAGCUGAACUACUGGAAUGACAAAUACUGCAACAUGAUCAAUGGUACAGAUGCGUCCUCGUUCCCACCCUUCCUGGACAAGAAGUCGCCGCUAUAUUUCUUCUCCUCUGACAUCUGUAGGUCCGUGUCGGCGGACUUCGAGCGCAGUUUGGUCCUGAAGGAGAUCGAGCUCUACCGCUACACGCUAAACCCGCUAACGAUGGCCGCUCCCACGGAGAACCCGGACAACCGAUGCUACUGCUCCGACCCCGAGGUGACCCGGAACUGCACCACGGCCGGGGUCCUGGACGUCAGCGCCUGCAGGGAAAAUAUGCCCAUCUUCAUCUCCCUGCCCCACUUCCUGCACGGCAGCCCGUCCCUGUCUCAGGACGUGCUCGGCCUGAAGGCCAUCGAAGAGGAGCACUUCACCUUCCUGGACGUGGAGCCCGUCACUGGGAUGACGAUGAGGUUCGCCAAGAGACUUCAGGUCAACAUGAUGUACGGGCCGUCCAAACAAAUAGAAGUGCUAAAUAAAGUGAAAGACUACACCGUAUUCCCCCUGCUGUGGCUGAAUGAGUCGGCCGAGGUGGACGACGAGACGGCGGAAAGGUUCCGGAAGGAGCUGACGUCGCGCAUCGAGACGGUCGAGGCGCUGCGGGUGGCCCUGCUCGCGGUCGGGAGCGUCCUGUUCACCGCCUGCAUCAUCACCAUCGCCGUGACGAGCUCGAGGAGGGGCAAGAAAGCCUGA